AUGUCUUCCAUCGUCAACAAGGUCAAGGAGGCUCUCCACUCCGAGAAGUCCCACGAGCAGCCUGAGGGCACCUCCGGACCCCACAGCUCCAAGGCUGCCAACGCCACCGACCCCAGAGUCGACUCCGACCGUGACCACCGCGCCAACCCUGCCGGCUACACCGGCGGCGCCAACAACGCCCACACUGCCGGUACCACCGGCGGCCUGACUGGCACCCACGGCACCACUGGCACUCACACCGGCACCACCGGCACCUCUGGCCUGACUGGCUCCCACAACACCACCGGCACCCACACCGGCACCUCCGGUUUGACCGGCACUCACAACACCACUACCGGCUACGAUGACCCUUCCGGCACCCACGGCCCUCAUGGCAGCCGUAUUGGCAACCAGGUCGACCCCCGCGUUGACUCCGACCGUGACCACCGCGGCACCACUGGCUCCGGUCUGACUGGCACUCACGGCACCACUGGUACCCACGGCACUUCGGGUCUGACCGGUACUCACGGCACCACUGGUACCCACGGCACCACUGGUACCCACGGCACCUCGGGUCUGACCGGUACCCACGGUACCACCGGUACCUCUGGCCUCACUGGCACUCACAACACCACCACCGGCUACGACGACCCUUCCGGCACUCACGGCCCUCAUGGCAGCCGUGUUGGCAACCAGGCCGACCCCCGCGUUGACUCUGACCGCGAUCACCGUGGUGCUCCCGGCUCCGGCUUGACCGGUACCCACGGUACUACUGGCACCACCGGCACUCACGGCUCCUCCGGUCUUACCGGCAGCCAUAACACCCACGGCACCUCCACCACCCACUCCGCUGUCGGCCACACCGGCGCCGCUGUUGGUGGAGUUCAUGGCACCGGCCCCGCACCCAACACCGCCGGACCCCACAAGUCUGAUGCUUUGAACAAGGCCGACCCCCGCGUCGACUCUGACCUCGACGGCAGCAAGACCGUCGGCGGCAACAAGACCUACGCCCAGUCAAACACUACUGGUGCUGCAAAGGACCCUACGGAUGCCGCUCAGGUCCCUCCCUCUGUUUUGGCGAAGCACAUUGGCGAGCCUCAGAUCGCACACGACGAUCACGGCCACAACCGCGCAAGACGCAACAGCAAGGUGUCCGCUCAGGACCUGCACCGUGGCCUGUGA